AUGUCCGACGCAGGCACCGACGCCUGGACCGACUCAGUCUCUGAGGCGAGCGGCGACGCACGCCAUGACAAACACAUGGAGGUCGAGCGCUCCGAGAUGCUCCUCGAGGAUGUGGCGCGCAGCGGAGAGCGAUACCUCAGGGCGCAGAGAGCCUUCAGUCUGGCGUUUGCGGCAGAUUCGGACGCUUCUAAGGCGGCUAGCACGGCCGCAAAAUCCGAUACGACGGCGUACCUUGCUGCUCGCCAGUCACACGUCGAAACAGUGCGCGCCCGCAAGCAAGCUAUUCAUGAGCUUCACGCCGCAGCCGAAAGUCUCGGACGCAGAAUCAGCCGACUCGCCAUCGACGUCGACGAUCAAGACGAUUGGGCGAGCCUACUCAACUUCGUGCCGAGCUCCAGCGAGCGCGCCGACUCUGCUGAGCUCGACGUGCCCUCUCCGUCCGACUCGGAGACCAGCUCGUGCGCCACUUCCGAAGAAGAGGCAGACGAGGAGGAGCAGAAGACUAGGUGCAAGCCCAAGACUGCGGUAGAGAAGCGGGAGGAGAUGAUCGAGGAGCUUUUCCCAGGCCCGACGGCUCUCCUACGUCUGAUCAGCAAGCGAGAGACCAACAAGCGCGGCGGAAAGAAAGGCACUCGUCGCUUGCACGGCGCUCGCCGCACCGCGAACGACGAGCUCAGCUCUACCAUCGCGAGCGAAGAAGACUUCAACGAGCGUAUGGUCGACGAGGACGUCAAGUAUCCAUGGGACUUCGGCCCGCGCAGUGAGGCGCCGACUCCUCGUAUCUCGGAGAUGCUCCGUGCUCGCCGCUGGAUGCCUCGCCCUUGA